AGUGUUUGAUUAGCGGCGAUUCCCCUCCUCUUCCUCCGCCUCUUCCUCCUCCUGCGCCUUGGCGGGCCGCCUGAGUCAAUCCUCUGGGAGGAAGCGGCCUCCAGGGCUUGUUGCUUUGUGCUGCCACCGUGGUGAGGAGUGUCUGGUGACCCCAGGGAUUCAUCUCAGGCUCCAGGGAUGGAUGAAGUGAAGAGUCAGUUCAUAGAAUCCCAGGCUGUGGGAAGGUGGAGAAUUUUGGAGGACUCUGAUGACAGACAAGAGGAUAUGAAUUUUGAGGAUGUGGCCAUUGCCUUCUCUCAAGAGGAGUGGGGGCUCCUUGAUGAGGAUCAGAGACAUCUAUACUGCGAUGUGAUGCUGGAAGUUUUUGCACUUGUAUCAUCUGUAGGUUGUUGGCAUAAAACAGAAAAGGAGGACGCCUGUUCUGCUGAGAGUGUUUCUGUACAAGGAGAGUCAAAAUUCAUGGCUUCUAAGACAGCUACAGCAACCCAGAGGACGCGUCUCUGUAAACAGUGUUUCUCAGUUUUAAAAGUUAUUCUGCACCUGACUGAGUCACAAGCAGCAUGCAUUGAGCAGAAAGCCUUCUUCAGUGACAAAUCUGUGAGAAACUUCUGUUCCAAUGUAAACCAUCACCAGCAACAGAGGGAUACCCGUGGAGAGAAGCCCUGGGAAGAAGCUAUGGAUGGGGCCUCCUUUGUGACCAGCUGCACCUUCUACUUAUCAGGGGUGCCUUCAACCACUAGGGAAGCUGGGAAAGACUGGCCAGCCAGCUCAGGGUUGUUGCAGUCCCAGGCAACUCUUAAUACCGAGGAGCCUCACAGUGGCAGUGAGACUUCACAGAAAUUUCUCAGUGGAAAAAGUCUUCAACAGUGUAGCAAACGUGAAAAUGCUGCAAGCCACAGACAUAAAUUUGUUCAAUAUCAGGAUGUCUGCUCUGGUGAAGUGAAAUACGAGUGUAACAAAUGUGGAAAAGUUUUUAGAUGUAUUAUUAACAUCAAUCAACAUAGGGGAGGUCACACUGGAGAAAAGUCCUAUGAGUGUAGUAAUUGUGGUAAGUCAUUCAGCAAAAGCUAUAAUCUCAUUGAACAUCAGAAAAUUCACACUGGAGAAAAACCUUAUGAGUGUAGUGAAUGUGGGAAAUCUUUUAGGUACAAUAGUCACCUCCUUAAUCACAAAAGAGUUCACACUGGGGAAAAGCCGUAUAAAUGUAGUGAGUGUGGGAAGUCCUUCAGUCAUAACUCUAACCUCAUUAAACACCACAGAGUUCACACUGGAGAAAAGCCAUACGAGUGCAGUGAUUGUGGGAAGUUCUUCACUCAAAGCACUAACCUCAGUCAACACCACAGAGUUCACACCGGGGAAAAGCCAUAUGAGUGUAGUGAUUGUGGGAAGUCCUUCAGUCAAAGCUCUAACCUUAGUCAACACCACAGAGUUCACACUGGAGAAAAGCUGUAUCAAUGUAGUGAUUGAGGGAAGUCCUUCAGUCAAAGCUCUAACCUCAUUAAACAUCACAGUUCACACUGGAGAAAAACAUUUUGAGUGUAGUAGAUGUGGGAAAUCUUUUAGGUAUAAUAAUCACCUCCUUAAACAGAAAAGAGUUCACACUGGAGAAAAACCUUUUGAGUCUAGUGUAUGUGGGAAAUAUUUUAGCCACAAACAUAGUCUGGUCACACACCUGAGAGUUCACACUGGGGAAAAGCUUUAAAUGUCCAGAUCAUAUUUCAUCUUUCUCACUCAGAAUGAAAACACUGAAGGAGAUACUUUGGGACCCAUUUACCAAAUAUAAACUCCUUUUGUCAAAACAUACACUCUGCUAAAUUCUUCAUAAGCUUCAAGUACAAGUGAGGCUUGAAGGAUCUGCAUUUGCCAACCUGCCCAGACCUAAUACCCGAUUGAUGUCUCUCCAUGUAUUUGUGGCUGAAACAAUUCCACUUCUACCACCUGAAGAAUGUGCAUUGGUAACAUCACCUGUGUGCUCAGGGGAAAUAUAUUCUGUGUUCUCACUUGUACUUGAGGAAAUUAUGAUUAUUAUGACCUCUUAGCAGUAUCUUCAUUCCUUUAUCUCCGACUAGGGAAUGCACCUGACCCAGGAUUCAUCCAGAGCACCUGUCCUCAGCUAAGAAGUGCUACUUCUGACAGGGACAUUGUGGUUCUCACAUUAGCUGUGAUGAAUUAUUUAAGGUUCUAAUUCACCAACCUGCAAACUGCUUGCUGUCCUCUGCUCCUUUUAUGUUUUUGUAAAGUUGUUUUUUUUUCUUUUAUACCUUUAAUUCAUUGGUUCUACUCACUGCCUGGGAUGAUUGGAAUGGAAAGUUUUGAUCUGUCAGCAUGGAGAGAUAAAUGGAUAUGGUGUGGUCCCAAACUUUUGUGCUUUGGAAGUCAUAGCAUGAUAGCAGAAAAUUCCUCUUUGUCUAAUAUUGGCUAAUUUUGUAUUGCUGACCAAGGCCUUAAAUGAAAGUGUACAUGACUUUUUGUUUUUAAUUUGAAGUUUGGUGUCUCCAUUAUUGGUGAGGUCAAUGGUCAUCCUAAAGAGGAGGCCUUUGUUGUGCUUAUACAAACAAUAUGAAUUAUGAUCUCUGUUCACAGUAUCCUAUAUAAUAAAAGGCUAAUAUGCAAAUUA